AUGCAGGGUCUUGAGGCAACGGGCCCCGGUGCGCUCGCAGGCCUACCCUCCACGCUCAGAACGGUGAUAGGCAACCCGACGACGUCACCGCUCGGCCUCGCAUCCUCCCAGUCCCUCCAAACUGCUCUCCAGACCCCAACGUCCCUGUCGCGACAGCAAAUACAGGAGAAUCUGCAGCAUGUUAUUUCAACUCUCUCCUCCGGCUACGAUGCUGGACGCGUGGUUGCCGCCAGUGGCGAAUCCUCCGGCUCGACCGGCAAAGGCAUCCUGAUCGGGAUCCUAUCCGCCUUUGGCUCGGCGGCUAUCGCAUUUGUCGUGCUAGCGAUCUUCUUUUUCUUCAAGUAUACUCGCCGCGGGCGGAUCAUGCUGGAUCGCAUUGGCCGCCCGGGUGAAUUUGACGACGAGCAAGCAUUUGCGCGGGAGGAGGAAGAGGCGCUGGAGUCCAUGGACGACUUGUCACGGUCGGAAUACCUACGAGCGAAAGCGUGGGUCCAGUCAAAUCCACCGGAGUCCAUCACGACCGAUAUUUCGCUGUCGCAGUUCCUGGCCAUUCAAGAAAAAGGUGUCUCUGCCUGGGAAUUCCAGCCCGAGCUGGAGAUCGCCAACUGCUUUGUGGAAGGACGCACAGAAAUCGAGUUUUUCGAUUCUGAGUGUAGCGUUCAAACGAACCUGCCCAUUCCCAAGCAGAACGAGGUCUACUACUGGGAGGCGAAGAUCUACGAUAAGCCCGAAUCAACAAUGAUCGGAGUCGGCCUGUCCACCAAACCGUACCCUCUUUUCCGCAUGCCUGGCUUCCAUAAAACCUCUGUUGCCUACGAGUCGACCGGCCACCGCAGACUCAACCAGCCGUUUACCCCGACUCCUUAUGGCCCACCUCUCCUCCAAGGCGAUGUCAUCGGCGUUGGCUACCGACCUAGACAAGGCGCGAUUUUCUUCACUCGCAACGGCAAGAAACUCGAGGAUGUCCCCAGCAGUUAUCGCUCACAAAAUCUAUUUCCUACCAUUGGGGCCAACGGCCCCUGCAGUAUCCAUGUCAAUUUUGGCCAGAUGGGCUUCGUGUUCAUCGAAGCUAAUGUCAAGAAAUGGGGCUUGGCCCCAAUGACGGGCAGCCUCGCCCCACCCCCACCCUAUGGCAGCGAGCAAGGCAGCAUUUUGCUUGAAUCGGGCCGCGAGAGCGCUGCCCAGAUUUCCCAGCGCGUUUACCAAACUCACACCGCGAGAAGCUCCAGUGUCGGACUUCCACAGGCGGUCAGCCCCGGCCCCAUCCGAUCUCCGACCGAAAUCUCCCUUGCUCAGCUGGCCCACAUUCCUUCCAAUGAAGAUGCAGGCGAGGGCUCUAGCCGCAUUGGCGCAGAUGGAGAAGUCGACGGUCCUACUACUACAGGCGGAGCUCCGGAUGAAGACGGUGUGCCGCCUCCAGAGUACGAGAGCCCAGGAAGCAGUCGCCGAGGCAGCGAUGCGUCCACCUCUCUGGAAUUUCCUGCAAGGACAUCCCAAGGUACCCGCCAACCCCCGGAUAGUCCCAACUCAGAUACUCGGGACCUGCCAAGUUAUCAAGCUGUGGUAGACCGGGAGUUCAGAGAUCAUCAGUCAAGGCCCUGA